UCAUGAGCGAUACAACACUAGUACAUACAUAGCUUAUUUUUAACAUUUUUCGACGUGAGAUGUGCAUUUUCUAUCAUAGUUUGUGCUUAACCAUGUAAAAUUAAAUUAGACUUUAGUGUAGCAUUAUUAACAGUUAUUGCAAAGUAAGCAGAAGCUGGUAUAUAAGUGUAAAUUGUUAGCUUAAGCAAGUGCCCAUAUACAUCCAUACUGCGAAUCCAUUAAAAAAAGAGGACUGUGUAGGGGCUUGAAGGAAAGGCAGCAGGACUUCUUUUCAGCUCGCAGCAUUCAUCGAACUUCGGCGAACUUGUCUGGCCAAUUGAAGGCUGCCCUCAAUGGCCGCUGAAAAGGAGAUGCAGGCGCAUGACAUGGUGCGACGGCGAAGCUGGGCGCGUGCUGUGACACUUUACGAUCAAAUACUCUCGGCCAGUGCGAACCCACAGCCACAGCCGCAAUCACAAGGGCAGCCGAAUGGAACGACACGAGUGCAGAAGGAUCAGCAAAUCGCCUGCCUGCUUGGACGUUGCGAGUGUCUCCUGGAGCUGGGCAAAUACGAAGCGUGCCUGCAAGAUGCGUACAAAGUGCUGACUCUUCUUUCAGAGCAGACGGAGUGUUUGGCAAGCGUCUCGCGGGCGCGCCGUUGGCUGGUGCACGCCCUAUUCAAGCUGCACAAGUACUCGGAUGCAGAACAGUUUCUGAGCAAGUGGAUAAAUGAAUUAAGUGGCCAGCAAAUCUUUUCGGACAUAUCGAAAACUCUUGAGCGGUAUAAAUCAAUUAUACAGAUGAUUAUGAACGGACAGAACAAAUUACAGACGCAAUCGCAGAAAAUUCCUCAUGCACGCCUUGAGGAUGAGAUGGCAAUACUGGACACCAAGCUCGAUCACUGGGCUACAAACAAUCUGCCCCUGGAUAAGUAUAGCAAGCUACUUAGCAACAAAGGAUUAAAGAAACGCGAGCAGCAGCAACAACAGCAGCAACAGCAACAGAAUGGCAGCGGUAGCUUCAGCAGCAGCAGCAGCAGCACCGGUAGCAGCAGUACCAUGUCCACUUCCAGCUUGAACACCAAGAAUAUUGAACUGCUGUCGGCAAUUAAGCUGACUGGCGUUAAGCAUUCAUCAGUAGAUGCUGUACCCGAUUCGGAUCAAGCAGCGCACUCAACAUCAACAAUAACGUGCAGUUAUUGUGCCAUCAACUUCCAAACACGGAACGAAUUGAGGCAACAUUGCCAGACUGAAAGCCACCAGAAAGUGAUAAUGAGUGAUGAGGGUCGCGACUGGAAAUGGCGUCCUCCACCUCGGGGUUACACGUUAGACACUUAUAGCCUCUGCGAGACAUUCGCGGAAGCACAGACAUGCCAUUACGGAGCUCAAUGCGUUGAGGCUCAUGGUUUGGACGAACUGAACGAGUGGAAGGAACGAUUUGAGUAUCGGCGAAUGCGUGUGCAAAAGGCUUGUGAGAAGGAGCUAUAUGGAAAGUCAUACACGGAACAAGUGCUCGAACGAUGGAUUCAAGCCACAGCCCCGGAGCGCAUAAUGUGCGAGAAAGUUGCGGACAUAGAAGCGAAAUGUGAGCAGCAAUUGGUUACCAGCAUCAGCUCAAAGACUUCUAAACGUGAAUGGCUGUUCCAGCUAGAGACAUUGCGGCCGCUGAAGGCGGUUGCUCUGCUACAGGACGCGCAUCGCAAUCAUUUUGCAAUCAAGUCCAUCAAGCUGGGCCAAUCCACAGGCGAUGCGGAGGUCAAUGUAGAAUUAAAGUCUGAUCAGGAGUGGGUGUCUUCUACAUUACCUGAGAGCCAAGAAAGCACGACACCAUCUAAGCUCGUUAGCGCACAUGAAGUUACUGUUGAAUUUCACACUGAAAUUUACGGCACAUUUCGGCAGUCGGUUUGUUUCGAUAUCGGCCAGGAGCCUUUGCUGGUACGUCAUCUUUGCGUUGAUGUGUUACCUGUCAGCGAUGCCGAAAAAAUCGAGGAAAUCAAGCGCGAUAUUAUAAACAGCUCGGCCACUCGAUGGGAUGUUUCUAACACCAAGUUGACUCGCUUUGAGACCACGAUAGGAACGCAUUUGAAAACGGAGGCCUAUCUCAGUGACUUGCAGCACGAACGCGAGCUUUUAGAGAGAUAUCCCUGUCCACGUGCUGCCACCUUUACGUUAACACAGUCCACUAUUGUGGAGAAACGCCUGACGCAAAACAACUACCGCUCACGUAUACACGAGUUGCUUUACGUUGAGGAGAUCGCUCGUUAUGAGCAAAUCGCACGGUAUAACGUGCGCACCCGGCUGACAGUUGCCUCGAAUUAUAUAUUGACACCGGCGGGAAUGGCAACUAGUACGGCGAAAUAUUCGUUAGCCGGUGAGCUUUUCGCAUUGAUGCGCCUGGGCAAAGACAUUUCAGAGGAUACUUCACCGGGUCGCCUGAUUUUAUCGAACUGCAGCAGCGUUUAUAUUUCAGCGCCGGAGGAAACAACAGCUAAGUCCGAUAAAUCAGAUAAACCGGAGCAGCGCGCCGUUUACGAAGCACUUAUUGAAGAUAAGGGAAAGAAUGUAAUAUAUUUGAAGCUGUCGUCAAAAUGUGUCGAAGCAAUGGGCCUGCAAGCGGACACGGAGCUGGACGUAGAUAUACAGUUCCAGCUUAAUCGCAUGCCAUACUGCGAGUGGCACAACGCUGUGGAUAAAAUAACCGACUUUCGUUUAAUAUUUCCCGCAACUGAACUGGAGCCAGCCAUACCCUGGACACCUAAAAAGCAAUGGGCUGAUGCCUGCGAACCUAAGCUGAAUGCAAAACAGCGCGAGGCGGUCAACGCCAUUACAACGGCUUUAAGUAUUAAGCUGCCCCCAAUAUUACUUAUCGGACCGUUCGGCACGGGCAAGACAUAUACACUGGCUCAGGCAAUUAAACAGCUCCUUGCCCAGCCAGAAGCCAAGAUACUCAUCUGUACGCAUUCCAAUUCAGCGGCAGACCUGUAUAUUAAGGAGUACCUGCAUCCGUGGAUUGAGGAGGGACUCACGGAAGCGACGCCACUGCGAGUUUACUACCACAAGCGUUGGUCCGCGACCGUCAACAGUGUAGUGCAAAAAUAUUGCAUAACCGAUGGCGUUGGCAACUUUCGACGGCCUAGCGUUGAAGACAUAAUGCGACAUCGCAUCAUAGUUGUCACCCUGAGUAUCAGCAUGGAGUUGGCUUCGCUCGGUUUGCCCAAGGGUCUAUUCACCCAUAUAUUUUUAGAUGAGGCAGCGCAGGCGAUGGAAUGUGAGGCGAUUAUGCCGCUGGCUCUGGCCAACGAUUCCACUCGAAUUGUACUGGCUGGAGACCAUAUGCAGAUGAGUCCCGAGCUCUUCUCUGCGUUUGCAAAGGAACGCAAAUUGCAUAUUUCACUGCUUGAACGACUUUACGACCACUAUCCUUCGAACUUUCCCUGUAAGAUUUUGCUUUGCGAGAACUACCGUGCGCAUGAGGCCAUUAUAAAAUUCACCUCGGAGCUAUUUUACGAGCAAAAGCUUGUAGCAUCUGGUAAGCAACCGCGUCAUGAACGCUUUUACCCCCUCACAUUUUUUACAACAAGAGGAGAGGAUGUACAAGAUAAAAACUCUACAGCAUUCUAUAACAAUGCUGAGGUCUACGAAGUCGUAGAACGUGUCUCGGAACUGCGCAAGCGGUGGCCAAGUGCUUGGGGCAAGCUGAAUGACACUAGCAUCGGAAUUAUGACUCCGUAUGCGGAUCAAGUUUUUCGCAUUCGUUCCGAGCUGAGGAAACGUCGCAUGGGCGGAAUAUCUGUGGAACGCGUUCUCAAUGUGCAGGGCAAACAGUUCCGUGCAGUGUUUCUGUCCACAGUGCGAACAAGGCGGACAUGCUUGCCGCAAGGAAGCAAUCCCGGUGCGGGGGGUGCGGCCAUUUCCGCAGCCAGCAUAGGUGACGCUGAUACCGAUUAUGGCUUUCUAAGCAACUCAAAGCUUUUGAAUACUGCGAUUACGCGAGCGCAAUCUUUGGUGGCUGUUGUUGGCGAUCCGGUAGCUCUCUGUUCCAUAGGACGAUGUCGCAAGGUCUGGGAGCGGUUCAUUGAAAUAUGCGAUGAGCACAAGUCACUGUUUGGAUUGACUUGGUCAAACUUGCGAUCCCAGCUAGAUGGCGUCGAAAUGAAGCGCGGCUAUGUACUCAAUCCAUUAGCUCCCGAAUUCGUUCCUCGUGCUCUACAACCGGAGGCAUACUUACGCGAGCAAGCAGCUCUGUACCUAAAUGCUCCAGCACACGUGCCACCUGGCAGUCAGCCGCCUCAUUAUACUGCCAACGCUGGCAUGGGUCCCGGGCCGUCUGCGCAUCAAAUGAAUCAAAUGGCCGCAGCAAUGGCUGCCAAUCAUAUGUAUUCCACUCAUAUGGCUGCAAUGAUGGCGGCAGCAGUAGCCGCUGGCGGUAAAUCUUCCAACGGACCGUCGCCAGGACCAGGCCCGGGACCUGCCGGACAUAUUCGUGGUCAUAUGGGAAUGCGUGGCCCGCCAACUAACGGACCACCUCCCGUGCCACCACAUAUGCGACAGUCUCAGCCAGGAAGUGGAGGACCUCCGCCCCCGCCAUAUGGUCAGUACGCAGCUAUGCAGCAUUGGCGGCCACCCGUCGCCCCACAACAGCCUCAACAGCAGCAACAGAAUCCCAAUGCCAGUCUCUGGGGUCCACCACCUCAAACCAAUCCCUGGAGCGUCUUACCACCCAACAAACAGCAGCCACCUCAGCAGUCCAAUGCUCCAGGCCGUGGCCCGGGACCAUUGCCCCCUCCAGCUUUGCGAGGAGGCAGUGUGCCGCCGGCUGCAGCCAAUGCAACCUCUGCGGCGCAACUACUAAGGAAUCCAAGUGAGCUCGGCUACUUGGCUAAAAAGACGCUUUACAAUCAUGGCCAGGCGCCACCAUCCCAACAGCCCCUUCCUCCACAACACCAUCUGUACGGGCAGCCACCAAUACCAAUUCAACGAGGAAGCAGCGUUCCCAAUGGGCCAAUGAGCCCAAUGGAAAACGGGCCGCCACCCUAUCUGCGUCAUAAUGGCACUGCGGCAGGUUAUGCCAACUACGAUAAGUCCGCAGGUCCACCUCAGCAACCCCCACCUGCACCCUAUAUGUACACGGCCGGCAAACAGCCGUCGCCAAGCAACUUGCGCUUUCCGGCUGCGCACGAGCUUCUGCCUCCCAACAUGAGUAUCUAUGAGAUGGCGUUCAGCUCUAAAGAAGAACAGUAUAAGUGGUACCUCAAACUACUUGAGUCAGCGGGUCAAGAGGCAGCUAACAAGUUCGGCGAUAUGCUGCGCCAAGUGAUGACCACGUUGCAGCAACAGGGUCACCAAUCACAACACCAUCCGCAAGGACACAAGCCCCAGCCACCGGUAGCACCGGGACCGCCGAUGAUAUCUAAUCCACAUGCUGUUAUGGGGCCACAGCCGCAGCGGGCACAGUAUCCAGUAAUUUACACUGGACAGGGUCAAAACCUGAAUCAGCAGCCAGUGGACUCGUCGCCGCCCUUGGACAACUUUAAUCAGCAAAUAGAUCUUGUGUUCAAUUCGAUCAUGAAUGGGGCCAAUGACAUCGCACAACCCAUUUUGCGGGACGUUCUUGGCAUGGUAGGCGUAUCGACAUCGACAGCGGGUACCGGGGCGAUGCCACUCUCAAAUGGCAUGAUGAAUGGCGGAGAUUUGCAGCAUCAGCAGCAGCAACAACAGCAACAACAAAGUCGCCUCUUUAGUAUGAUGCAGGGUCAACAGCAGACACAACCAGCAUCUCUGACUAUGGGAAAACAUGGCCCAAACGCUGGUCAGUUGCAGCCGUUAGCUAUGUAUGCCAACCAUAUGACUGGACCGUUGCAGGGAGCAGGUGUCCACCCAGGCUCUAACAGCAAUGCUGGUGUAUCUAACUUCAUGAACAAUGCCGGAAACACCUUACUGAACGACAAGCCGUUUAACAAUUUUAAUAGUCAUAAUAAUGGUGGACAGAACACCAAUGGCCUUCAUAAUAAUGGCAGCUCUGUUCCGCUCUACCGGCGCCAGGCAAUGACCGGCAAUGGUGGCAACAAUUACAACAAUAUGCCCGGUGUUUUCGCCAAUUUGGACACGAGUGCCAACCUGAUUGAGGUCUUGUUCCAAGCCAACAAUACGGCGUCCGAGCACUCGAACAAGUCCGAUCCCAGCCACGGUCUGCUCUACAAUAACUACAACACAAUCAAGAGCGGUCAUGAUCUGGACUUGUUCUCCAAUGUGGCACCACAGACUGCUCAACAAUCCUCUACCGACGCCGUCAACCAACCGCAGUCCUCAGCAACCACGUAUGCGGCUGUGCUAAGUCAAGGGCCGCAAGCAGCUUCCGCACAUCAGCAGCCAACAAUGAAUUCAGCACGGCCACUUCAUGCUUCGAAAUCCUCCCUUACAGCGAAUGACAUGGAAAAAGACCCAUUUGCGGCCAUACGAGAAUUGGGACAGGCAACAUCUGGCUUCUACAACUAUUUUCAGUGAUUACAUGUAAUGGACGUCGUUGAAUGCCGCCGCCUGCUGCACGUGGCAUCAACGCCAUAAAUAAAAGACUUUAGGGUCUUAAAGAAAAAAAGAAAAAAAAAAAUUGAAAAAUUAGAAAAACUCAAAAACAGAUCAUGAAUUGCUUGUUAAUUUUAGCUCUCCCUUUGCUUUUUUAAUCAGAAUUAAUUUAAAUAUGUAGGUUUAAUUAUUAUUACAAUUAUUAUAUAUUAUAUACAUAUGAUUAUUAAUUAUAAAUGCCGCAGCAGGCCGAUCCGCCCUAUGCACGCCCUUGGCGCUGUCAUUUCGUAUGUCGCAGGGUCGCUCUGAGCACCCAGCCUUUAAAACUAAAAAACAAAAA